ACGUAAAAUCUUGCUACUACCAACAAUCUUCUAGUCCUUUUGAACAAUAUGCGCUCCAUCACCUCCCUCAUCACUCUCUUCCCACCAGUCUUACUAGCCAUCCCUACCUCAAACCCAACCAGCGACGUCUAUAAACUGAAGAACCUACUCAUUCCGAACGAGAACGGCGAACUCGUGUACGCCACGCCCUCCCAGCUUGCCGCCCGCUCCGCCAACAACACUCUCAACAAACGCGACGCUUGCAGCGACAAGACCUACAACGGCGUGAUCGAUAUCUCAAAGCCGUGUUACCAGUUCUGCGAGCACUCUGCCACUGAAGUUCUCGGAGAUCCCGUCAAAGUCUCCGCAGAUAUAAACUGCGACGUGACAACCUGCGGCAUCGCCCACUCGGAAGCUGUUACCAUAACCGAAGGCUUCACCAUCACGCUCGGCGGCAACUCCCCCCCCGGCCCCGAAGGCAACGCCGUGCUCACUGGCAGCGCAUCCUUUUCCUGGUCGCGCGCUGAAACGACAACAGACACAUACACAUUCAACCCCACCAAAGGUGACGUCGGGCACUUGGUCUUCCGACCAAGGUUCCGUCAAUCUUGCGGGGCGUUUCAGGCGUGGCAGCAGUGGUCGAGUGAUGAUGGAUUUGAGGUCUUAUGUGAGGAGCCCUUUGAUGAGGAUCCGAAUGCGUGUGGGAAGAGCCCGAUGAAGUUGAGUACUGGGAAGGCGGAUGGCGAGUUUACUUUUUGUAAUGCGAAUACGCAUGAAGGCUGUUAGGUUAGAUGGCGGGGUUUGAGGGCGUGGUUGGGUAGAGAGAUGGUGGGGAGGUGAGAUGGGCUAUGGUUUGG